AUGGUACCCCAGACACAUUCCCAGAGAGCCCUCAGAGCUGCUUCCAAUGCAUCCUCCACUGAUGAAAGUGAAAUCAGACAUGCAUUUGACAAUGUCAUGAAGGCCAUUUCUCCUCCAUCUCAUCAUUCAGACUCAGCAUGCUCUUCUCCUCUGUCCCCAUCCUACAGUGUAAUAAUUGGUGGUCUCCUUUCCAGAGCAAUGACUCCUACAGAAGAUCCAGAUUCCUCUGUUGAUGAGGAUGAACUGAACCAGAUAUAUGUGAAGUGCCAGGCCAUGGUAAACCACUUGAGUGGGUCAGAAGAGGAGCAUCAAAGCAAUGCCUCUGAUGAUUCCUUUGUGAAUGUGCAUGGCCCAUCAGUUGCACCAUCACAUCCACCCCAUCAGGACUUGAGUCAGGAGUCAGGGGCACCUUCUGUACAUGAUAUCAUCAUGUGUUCCAUGGCCAGGCCUACCACAUGGGGGAUGGCCUACCAGACCCUAGGGACACUCUGGUAUGAAACUUGGAUUGAUUCCAGCAUCCUCAACUUUCAUCUCCUGUCCCAAUGGUAUGCUGUCCAGGGCAGGAUGCAUGUUCACUAUGCCAACUUGUUCUCUGUCAGUCCAUCUGUCAGUGGGGGAACCCAUGCCUUACCAGAUGCACAGGAGAUUCAAUUUUUUCAUCAAUACCAUCUCUGUGAUUCCUAUCCUGCUGAUCUAUCUGUUCCCAUUGCCUUUGUGGUGAUGCAAAACAGUCACUUCUUUGUUGCAGUCUUUGAUUAUUGGUUGAACCUUGCAUUCAUCCUUGGAAGGCACAUCAAAUGUGUCCCUGAAACCCCCCAUCCCUACUAUGACCCAUUGCACAAUGACUGGAACACAUGGAAUGGCCCUUUCUACUGGACACACAUAGCAUCUCUUCAUGGAUUUGAUGCCAUCGACCCAACCCAAGUUGAUGUGCAGGUGUACAAUUGGUCACAGAAUGGUUUUGACUGUGGGCCCAUUGCAUCCUUUGUCAUGGAGUCACUCAUGAGAGGAGGGCUAUCUGGUGAUGGCAGGCCUACCAUCCACAUCCUUCCAAUUCCUUGUGGUCAUCAUCUCUGCCUAAGAAUGCUUGUCAUGGUGAAGGAGGGCUGUCAAAGGUGCUGGGAGGCCUAUCAUUACUUGUCUACAACCACCCUUCCACCUGGCCACAUAUGGACACAGUGGGAUGACACCAAAGCCAUCAGUGAAGACAUCCUCAUGGAUGUGGAAAACCAAUCAUCUGGAGAGCAACAUGCUACCAUCAUCUUGAACCCCAAUGUGCACUCUGAUGGUGACUUUCUGACUGACACUGAAGAUGAAGGUGAAGACCAUUGUUUGCCUCUGGAUGCCAAGUCUCAGCAUCUCAGGGAUCUCCUUUGGUGCUACCCUUAUGGUCAACAAUGGAAGUGUUUUGAUCACAGGUUUGAUGAGUAUGAAGGAGGGCCUGUCUUGGAAAGCUUGCACCAGGACCACAACUGCAAUGAGAUCAUGGAGGAGCCCUACUAUCAGCCUGGGAUGUGGACAUCCUUUCAAGAUUAUGGCUAUUGUCUGCUGAGUUCCUUCAACCAGAUGUUCUACUUGGGUCCCCCCAUCAGAUUGUCAGACCAUAUCCUCCAAGUGGGUGUUCCAGCUAACUACAAGUCUUCUCAUCAAAUUGGCAACCAUGUUACUGGAAAUUACUCCCUCACCUGGCAGAUUGGCUCCAGCACCUCAGAAUGUCUCAUGAACACCUUUGUGAAUGGGUGGCAUGAGGAUGGACAUCACAUCUGCCUGGACCUGGAGCUGGAUCACAAGUUGGUGACUCCAGAGGAGUUGGAAGUCACAGUGGACAUCAACAGUCUCAUAUGGGUGAUGCAUUCCCUACAGUUCAACACACCACUGCCCAUCUACCUUGGUCCCAUCAUCAAGGAAAAGGCUCCUAUGCACAACCACAAUCAUGUGUAUGUUGACAUCCUUGUGCCUCAGUCAGAGGCAGAUUCCAGUGCCAUUGGAAGCUGUACCAAAUGGUUGACCAUGGCAUUUCCUCUGUGUGGAGUACCUCACACAGUGUUUGGUGCCUUGAGCAAUGCUGCUGGCACCAUGAAUGUCUACAUUUGCUUCCCCAGGAUGAUCCACAGGGAUGAGAUGACACACAAGCAUGCCAAUUGCAUCCCAAAGGAGGAAGUGCAGUUCAAGGCACAAAAUGGUGGCAAAACCAAGAAGGCUGGUUGGCCAAAAGCAGUCCCCUUUUCUAUGCAGGGAAUCAAGUUGUGGACAAAAACCACCCUGUCAGGAGUGGUUCAAAUGCUGGUCCAAGCUCUCCUCCAUGGACUUCCAGCUCUGGAUUGGUCCCACAUGGUAGACAGGGCCAAUGGGGAGCUUUUGGUCAACUUUGGAGUCAGCAUUCACCCCGCAUGUGAUGAAAAGCUCAUGGGAUUGUGGAGACUGGAUGCCCUGGAAGCUUCCUUUGGGGCAGUAUGGGGGGAUCCAAGCAGAGAUGUCACAGGAGUGAUCCAACCCAAUGACAACAGUCCCACCUUUGUCAUGGACAAGGAUGCUUAUGCCCUGAACAAUGACUUCAUCAGGGAAUGCAUGCAGGCCAUCAACAUGUAUUCUGGAGAUGCAAUGAAGAGGUCAUAUGGGAUGGAAGAGCUUUUAGCCUCCAAUCCUAUUCUCUGGAUCCCAACCAAAGUCUGGUUGGAAUUUAUGGCUGGACACAUCAGGGCCCUCCAGUUGGCUCAGAUCUCUCUCAAGGAACUGGAACCACCCAACCUUGGGAUUCUGACUGGCAUCAUCUGCCACAUGAUUUGGUGCACAUCCACCACUGCAAUAAUCCUUGAUUUCCAUGUGAGAGAGUCCAUGGCCCUUCUGCAGGUCUCCAGGGUGUGUGAGCGGUUGGGAAUGUUCUUCCUUUUGGACCUGGACUUGCAUCAUGUUCCCCAUCUUCCAGAAGUUCAGGAUCAUGAUGACCUGGAGGUGCUCAAGCUGAUGGAGGGAAAGUUGAAGAGGGGUGAUGGACAACCUGCCUGGCCAAGGAUUCCCCCUCUGGAUGAAGUGGAACAAUUUCCCAUUGGCAGCAGACCAACAUGGGCUAAAUUGACAGGGACCAUCCAACUGCAGCCUUGGUUGAUCAUGCAGGACUGGAAGUGGUUGGCCCAACUGUCCAGUCUGGGGCCAGUGUCAAGCUUUGCAGAGAGGGUCAACCUGUUUUUCCCAGGACCCACAGCAGGACAACCUUCACAGAGGUCACCAUGGAAUGUCUUCUGGACAAAGCCUGGCUAUAUUUGGGAGUAUUACCAGGUGAUGAAGAACAGGACACCCCUGGAGGAGUUUGAGGUCCUGGACCACCUUGGCAGGAUAUUUUCUGUCCUUCAGACAUUACCUGAUGUGACCAAAGGGAGUGAAAAGAGUCCUGGGAAGACAUGGUGGGUGGAGGGUGAGAAGGUGGUUCUGGUGACAAAUCCCAAGUUCUACAAGAUCAAGGGGAUCUCCACUGAGAAGGAACAGCAACAGGCCAGGAGACAAGCAUCUUGA